UCACCAGUGUUCGAGUAACGUGGAGAAGAAGAAGAACAAAACGAAAUACAACGACGAAGAAGAGCGUGUGGCUGUAGUCUGCGUUAAGAAAAGAUUGUUCCGGAAUAUAAUUUAAGCGGAUCUGAAAAAACCCGAAGGACAAUGACUCGCCAUGGAAAGAACUGCACAGCUGGAGCUGUCUACACAUACCACGAGAAGAAGAAGGAUACAGCGGCCUCUGGUUACGGGACACAAAGUGUUCGACUUGGCAGAGAUGCAGUCAAAGACUUUGACUGCUGCUGCCUGUCCCUGCAGCCCUGUCGGGAUCCUGUUGUCACUCCAGAUGGAUACCUCUAUGAAAAACAGGCCAUUCUUGAAUAUAUUCUUCACCAAAAGACACAGAUUGCCAAAAAAAUGAAAGCAUACGAGAAACAGAAGCAGGCGCAGAGGAGCAGCAACCAACUUGAGUCCAAGUCAGAAGAGCGAGAGAGAGUGGAGCGGUUUAAAACAAAGGAGAACAGCAUUGUAUCUAAACCCAUCAACCCCUUCACAUCUGGUGCGUGCAUGUCUUGAAAAGGACGGGACACAGAGCAGCCUGGAGAAUUAUCCAGUGCUGCCACAGCUGCAAGUUCCAGCCAGAGCCUGCCCAGUUUUUGGAUUCCCUCACUGACACCAGAGGCCAAGCCCACUGCUCUCAAGAAACCAAGCAAGACUGUGUUAUGUCCAAUGUCUGGAAAACCCAUUAAGAUGAAUGAGCUUAUCACAGUGCGUUUCACCCCCUUGGACCCAAGUCUGGAUCGAGUUGCCCUGCUCACCCGCCAGGACAGGUACAUAUGUGCAGUGACCAAAGACGUCUUGGGCAACAGUGUUCCUUGUGCUGUUCUUCGACCAUCGGGCGCUGUGGUGACGCAGGAGUGUGUGGAGAAGUUGAUCAAAAAGGACAUGACUGAUCCUUUGACGGGAGACAAACUUUCUGAAAAAGACAUUAUUCCACUGCAGAGGGGUGGAACCGGCUUUGCAGGUUCUGGGAUUGACCUCACGGCCAAAGAGGCUCGUCCAGUAAUGCAAGCAUGAGGUGACCGAAGACUCCACAGUGGUGUUCAUUGUGUAACUUUCUAACUUACUUUAUAAUGUCUUAUAUGACUUUUUGUUUGACAGCAUUUCCUCCUGAAUGUAUUUUUAUUUUUAUUUUGCUGGAAAAUGCUUCCACUGACUGUACAACACAGAUUUGCUGAAACUGCCAUCCAAAUUUUUCUUACAGAUUAAUGUCAACAAUUUCCUUUAAAUAAAUCAUCAUUUAAGGCUUAUAUCCAUACUAUUAUUAUUUGGUUUGAUUUAUUUAGUUUCCUGUGACACUCACUGUAGCUCAGAAAAUGUAUACAAAAUGUAAAGAAUUGAAUUAUGAAUAAAAAUGUAUUACAUAUGUACUUCAGUUUAAAGAUGAGUCAGUUUUGUAAGAUAUGGUAAGUGUGGCCUUAAGUGUUUUAAAUUUGUAUAGGAUGAAUCAAUUCAGAUAAGAAAAUAUUCACCAGUCACAGAUUUUUGUGUAAAACAUUUGUAUGUGGGACCAAACUGAAGUCACAGUUCAUCACGGCCAUCCACCCUCAUCCCUCCAUAGUCGGUGAUUGUA